AGUAUGUGGGAUGUCAAACGUCAUUGGUGGCGCCAGUCACCUAGUCAUCCAACCCCUCAGCUGAAAGAAGAAAGAAAAAUAAAAUCUUGGAAACAACAGUGAAAGCUUUCAUCUUAACAUCUCAGCUGAAUUUUUCUAAGCUGCUGCUGUUUAACUGUACUUACCCUUUAUAAUGGCUCUACACUUGCCUAGAAGCUCGAAUGCAACAUGAAUGUGGUUUGCAUAUUCUUGCAGAAGCACUCACAAGUACCAAAAUUUGGCAACUGGGAGAACGACGAAGAUGUUGCCUAUACUGCCUAUUUUGAGAAUGCUAGUAAGGGUAAGAAAGGCAGUAAAAUGAAUCCAAAUGAUUCUCAGGAUCCUGAGGCAGAAGUAAAAGGUCAAAAUGGAAGAGAUGCAGUACGAUCAAAAGAUGAGCGUUUUUCCAGGAGAGAUGAUGUAGAACCGCGGAAAUCAAUUGACUCCCCAUUGCACCCAGACACUAUGGGUCAAAAAGCUCCAACUUACUCAUCUCCACAACGAUAUGGUGUGAAAUCUGUAGGCAACAAGUCAGAAUCAGAAACAAUGAAGGGUGCGGAAAUCCCAACAGCAAGGCAUGAACGUCGGCCAAGUAGAGAAGAGUAUCUGAGGAGACCUACUGAUUCCCCAAUGCGCAAUGAGAACACGGGGAGAAGAACUCCUAUGGAAUCACCUCAUCAUCGCUAUGGCGGCUUAAGUGGUGGUGCUACACCUAAGCGGGUCUCUCAGCAAAGUGUGGGACCUGAUCGCAGUAUUGAGCACUCUCCGCUGCAUCCACAUUCCCAGGGAAGGGUUGGAAGCAAAGGUGGCGCAUUUUCCUCUCCGUCGUGGGAAAGAAAGGUUUCAUCUGAAGGUAAUCAAGGUCUGGCUCCCUCUACACCUGGAAGAUCCCGCUUGAGAUCAGUUACGAAAGGUGAUGACAUGUCUGAUGACAGCCCUGCUGUUCCUAAAUUUGGUGACUGGGAUGAGAGUGAUCCUGCAUCAGCAGAAGGUUACUCACAAAUAUUUGACAAAGUGCGAGAGGAGAAGCAGACUGGUGCAGCAAAAGUACCUGGCACAUCAACUGAUACAUCUUAUUCCAACAGUCAGAAGCGAUACGGAAAUGACAGUGCAAAGGGAUGUUUGUGCUUUCCGUGGGGUCGGAGUUGACAGUUCUGAGGAUGGGGGUUAACAAAAAGUACCUGGGGCAUGUAGCCUAUUUUAAAACAUAAAACUUUGGUUAUGUAUAGGUUUAGGUCUGGUAUAUAUGUUGUUCAUUGUGUGCUUUGGAUGAGAACUCUUUUUAUUUAGAAAACGGCGAAGGGAAAGGAAAAAAACAAACAAAUUGAAAUGGACAGAUAACAUUCUUCUUUUUCUGGUAUCCACAUAGUGCUGGCUUCCUUUUCAUAAUGCAGAGUUAUCAUAUUAUUUUUA